GAAAUGCCAGUUUCGCGCUGGCUGCUAGCUCUCUGCUUGAAAAUGUCAAAGUUAACUGUGGCACGUCAAUCGAUAAAGACCGUGCGAGCAAGACCAGAUAGCCUUUAUUUUACACAGAAAAGAGUGAAAAUCAGCAUCGAGAAAUAGCACAAAUAGCUAUGAGCUGUGCAAAAUUGAACAUCUUUACGUAUCGGUGUAUUGUCCAUGUAUGCCACGAUCAAAUGUCCCUAUGUCAACAAGUUACGACUCAGCGACUGUGCAAUGCCAUACGAUUGCUUGUUUAGUGCGACCGAAGAAACCAGUUUUGACGUACGUCUGCUACUGGUGUCUAUAUAUGAACACCUUAGAAAUGAGCGACGGCUAUAAAUGGUUUAGUAAUAGAUCCUUGCACCCUUUUGUUGCGUUUUGGGCACUUGCCGACAAGAGCUAUUCUAUCGUUCAGUAAUAACGAGUAGUCUCUUACGCGGCAUACGACAUCUUGUAUCGACUAAAUCGCUGUAACCCUCCCGGAACUUACGACCUUGUCCCAAAAAGAUUGUUCGGCAUACGUUAGGAUUAAACCCUAUUCGCCUAUAGGGAUGAGGGUUCUAUAACAAACGGUAAAUUGCUAGUUAGCGGCUCACAAUGUGUAUUCGAUAGCCCAAUGGAAUAUGGAAACGUAAAAUGGAAAACGGUAAACAAAUCAGUUCCUUUAACUGAUUUGCCAUGUUCGCAAAGACUAUCGCCAAACAGUGGCAGCAGCUCGUCAAGACGAUUUCCCUAUGGAGCAGAGUUGAUCAGCCUUGGUAAACCACAUACAUCGGGCCGUGCUGCACGAUCGAACACGUUCGCCUGAGAUUGCGUACAAACGCUUAGUCUUCGCACGUCCGUCUAAGCAGUGCCCAUCGGCACAUGAUACCACUACCCGUUUAACUUACCACUACAUAGGGCGCAAGUUGUUAAUUCGAUCAGUCACAUAUAGUGAAGCCAUCCAUGGCUAUCGUGCUAGUUCAGAUGUUGCCCACUGGGUAACGUACUCGUAUCGACGGAGCUCAGCUGAGAGUUACCCAAACCGUUAGGUCUAUGCUGCUCGUUCUACUGUCGCCAGCCAUAACGGAAUUCCCUUAUGACAACAUUUAUCCGAUGAUUCGUGAACUUUUGACAACGAAAUGUGUAAAGAGCAGCGCUGUGUCUCUACGUGCUGUCGGCAAUCCAUGUGAUUGGUGUCAUGUAUGAAAGUUUUGAAGCAGCAGGUGACGGCCUGUCUGACGUUUGACGACAGGAGGCGUAAGACGUAGGAUGCGGCCAGGCGUCACCACUUUGACCUACUUCCUGUUGCGUUGGUGUAAAAGCUGUUGAAUGUCUUGAUAUACUGAGAAAGGGGCAUGAGUCACACGAUGAGCUUAUCCUGAUCGUGUAAAGUAAAAAAAAAGCACUGCUAAAAUGCCUAAAUUAAAUUGUUCCAAAACAGGUGACGCUGAAACGCCAUCUUUUAAUAGCAGCGACAGCGCUACUCAUCAGGGUUGCGAAAAUACUCUUCAAAGAGAGUUUCGUUUUCCUUCACCAGGUGGAGCUGCUCGUCAACUCACAAAAAUAAGGGAACACUUUUGUGAUCGCAGUAUUCUGCCGCCGGACGGAAAAUUUGUGAGUAAUCCGAUUCAAACGGUGGCCCUCGCGGCACCAAGAGCUCAGUCUUCGCCAUCGAUUCAGCGAAUGUCCGAAUUUUACCCGCAUAAUGUUUUUUUGGUCGAAUUUGAUGGAGCGCAAAAAUCGAAACGAGUUUUAGCCAUUCAGAGCGGGUCAAUCACGUCGACGUUUUACGAGAACAGUGCCACCCAAUCGACUGCUAUCGUUAAUCACCUACAGGCUGUGCAGGCAGAACAGUUUGAAUUGUUACAUCCACAGCAACGUCACUUCAAUCCUAAACGGAAGGAUCAAGGCCAAUGCUGCGAAUUCGAAAUAAACAUAAACAUUAAUCAUAAGAGCGUUAUUCCCGGCCAGAAUCAGUUAGGAGGCCUAGCGUCAGCACACCAUAGCAGCCAGUGCGUUCAACUCAAGCGGAACAGCAAAAUCACCAACAAUAUCCUUGAAGUCAAUAAUAUUUUUAAGAAAAUUUUCGCAUCCGCGGACAUUGUCCCGUCACAUACUCCCGUACCAAGCGUCUCUGAAACUUCUGUUUCGACCGAAACUCCAGCACAGCUUUUCAGCAUUUAUAAUUCGUCUACAGUACAGCUGAAACGCGCAAUUAACUCAAACUUUGAGAGCGUUAUAGCAUCGCGCUCCAAGAAACGGAAACCUGAAAAAUUUCAGGGACCUGCCAAACCAUCAACAUCAUUUUGCGACAUGCAGAACACCCCUCGGCAUGUUCUAUUGGACAAAUCGAUAACGCAAAUAGAUAGCGUUAAUCUUGAUCCGUUGGUGUUUAUGAGCUCGUGUAUCGAUGUCAUAGAUUUUCCACUUGAAGGUGAAUUUAACGGCUACAUUUUAAAGCAGGUAUCCGGUUCCUCGCUGAAACAGUUUUUCAUAAACAAUCUAUUGUCAGUACUGCUAAAAUUUACGAGUAUUGAUUACGCGAGCGCUAUCGAACAGUUCAUCUCAUCUACUACCGAGUGGAGAUUUAGACUCGGAGGCUUCUACGUACUUGGACUUGAGCGAUGUCGUGUCCAACAGGUUAAUAUGGCUUUAUUGGGAUCAGUAAAAAUCAUGGACCCUGUAACACAAUUAGAAAAAGAGGGAUAUGAUAUCUGCUGUCCAUUUUGUCUUAUCUGGAACAUAGAAAACGAUAUUAAGCCUAUCUUUGAUCUGAUGUUUUAUCGUGAGCUGAUGGAAACUCAUUGUCGUUUAAACCAUAGCGAAAUUUACUUGAGGUUUGGUAUAGCUACGAAUAUCCCUACACAAUUCGUAAUAGCAGAACAGCUGCGGGUUUUACGAGAGUUCAAAGAGGUAAAAAAAAUUAUGAAGGAAAGUAGACAAUUAAGAUAGUACCACAGAUGGUUAUCGCUAGCUAACACACGUAUAAUAUGAACGUAUUGAAUCUUAUCAGGAAAAAUAUCACCAUGAAGGUUUUCAGUUCAACCGUUAAUAAUAAACGAAGUAAUAGUCGUUUAACCAUAGGGAGCAGAGGGUGUAUACCAAGCUCUCGUUGUAUUGACGAUCAUCUACAUUGUUAUAAUCAUGUUUUACAUUAUCCAGAGCGGCACGUGGCCAAGUUUUGCGCGAGCUGAUUUUUGCAUGAAUAGUAUACAGUUCUGUACGGUUACAUUUGUUUUUGUAUAUAAGUACGUGUCCAAUGCGAACCAUUCGAGGCGUUCAUCGUAUAUCCUGUAAAAUUAUUGCGUUUGUUGGCCUUUCGAAAUUAACGCGGAUUCAAACGACUAGCAAGGUAAUGUUGUGAAAUGAAUAUUGGGAUAGGAAGCGGAACA